AUGUCCCGCGCAAAGGAAAAGUAUGAAAGUGCUUGCCUGCGUACACAUUUCAGUUAUCUGCAGCCGCGCCGCGAUUUACCGGAUCCGUCGCGGCCUUUCUCGAGAGGGCUCGGCCCGGCACAAAAAGGCGGCGUCGGAUUAGUGGUGUUGCAUCGCCGCGGCGUCGCUAAUCGGGGUCAACGGCUGCGCAGGUACGUGCCGCGUUUUUUGUGCCCGACCCACCCCGCGCCCCCUACACCGCCCCUUCCCCCGCAUGCCCCCCCUUCACCACUUCCCACCCCCGCGCAGCCGAAUCCGUGGGCCGCACUCGAGCCGUCUCGGCCCGUGAUUUAUUCGCUCGACGCCCAACGAAAUCGACAG